UUGUUUGGAGUUGUCAUAUCUUUUCUGUGAUCUGUUUUGAUUAACAGAAAACCUAGAAUUUACAGGAGAAUUAUUCCUUGAAUUCCCUGGUAAUCUCUAGAGAAGUUAUGUAGUUAUCCUCUUGCAUCCCAUUUUAACUUUCAGAUUAUAUGCUACUGAAGCAUGUAAGUUUCCUAAUUUCUGAUAUCUGGGAUACUAGUUCUGACUCUGCCCAGUAAAUAUCUCACCAACUUUAGGAACUAAUAAGACAGUGGUUUGUUUUUCUUUUAAAAAGUUGUCUGCUUGCAGAGACAGCUGUAAGGUUUGACUAAAGCUGACCUCAGGAAGAAGAGGACAUGCAGAACUGGUUUCUGAGGUUCUCCUCUUGUCUGUGACAUAGGGAGAUUUGGUAACAGAAUGUUCUGCUAUGGCUACUUUUAGUAAGUGGUUUGUGAGUGCAAAGGGAGAAAUUCAGUUUCGAACAUUAACAAUAGAGUUAUUGUUCAAUGAUAGGAAAAUGCUAAUGUGAAAUCCAUUGUGUUAGCUCAAAAUGGGGUUGGAAUUUGGGAGCCAGAUAAAAUGUUUCCAUGUGUUUCCAGUGACUGAAUUAACAGAAUUUCAGUUAUCUGUGUACAUAGGAUGUAGAGUUGAAUCUUGAGGUAAUACAUCAGAUUAUAUUCCUUGUAACCUGAGUGUUUGAGGCAAAGACCAUGACAGAACAGUCACUGAACACUCAAUUUUAUCAGAUGUAAGAGUAUAGCUUUGUGUAAUUAAGUGUGUUGAGAAGAUGGAAUAUUUAUUUUCUUAAAAAACUUGGUAAUUUUAAUUUGUUUUCUUGUUUGGUUUUUUCUAAGUAGAAUGGAGGGGAGAAAUGUAGUUGGGAUUUUUGAGUAUGAUGCAUCUAGAAUUAAGAGACUUCAUACUCACAGGCUGGGUGGUUUGACUUGAUUUUUCAUGUUACUUUUGAUAAUACUGGGAAAUUCAGCUGAUACAGCUUAAACUUUCCAUAGAAUGUGGAUAAGUUGAGGGAUUUCUUCACCCUCAUUUUGAAGCUAAUAGAUUAAUGAUUAAAUUGCCACAAUUUUAUUAGUGUGGGAAGAAAAAUCUGGGUUCAGAUUUAAUUGCAAGAGCCAUCAUUAAAAUUACAAUAUUAAAUAAAGGUCACUAAAACUGUAAUAGUUUUUUAGAGGAAAUUAUUCUUUUUACCAUACCAUUAUCACUGGAUGUAAUAUAUAUAUAUUAGUGCUAAUGAUACACUGUUAUUAGGAAUUCUGUAGAGAGACAAUAAAACUCCAGGGAGGAAAUGGAGGGACUUUCAUGGCAAUUACACGAAUUAAAGUAAGUGUAUGACAUGGCAUAAUCAGGGAUGUAUUUGUAAACCUACAAUGUCAUGUCUAGAGUGUACCUUAAAUUUACCUAGACUUUUGUCUUUUUGUCUAUCCGGAUAAAAGCCAUCUGUGUGACAUCUGUGGAUUACUAGGCAAAUGUAAAAGCUUUAAACAGCUCCAUAGCUCCCUUUGGAUAUUAUUUUAGAAUAAAAGAAUCACACUGGUCUUCAAGUAAAUGCUAAGUACCCCCGCAAUUUUACAAGUUGGAACACAUGCAUGUCACAAGUUGUAGUAUUUGAAAUACACAGAGAGGGAAUGUUGACAAUUUCUGGUUGAUACUGACUCUACAAACUUUCUUCUGAGACACUGCACCUUUCCAGAGUUGCCUUUCCAUAUCCUCCCUACCUUGGUGGGGGGUAGAAGUUUUCUGGGUUAGCAGAUACUGCAUUUCCCACUUGUCUGGUUUAGGGAUGAUCAAGUGGUGCAAUAUGACCACGGGACUGUGACAAUUCUCUGCUGAUUGUGUGUUUUACAAACCCAGUUACAACUGCUCCUUUUCAAGUUUAAAUGUGGUAUUUAGAAUUUUUUAGUGCACUGGUACUGUGUUAAGUUUAUAAUUUUACUUCUUGCUGCUUAUGAUUUUCAAGUUUUUAUAUGGUUUGAACUCAGACUUAAUUAAUCAGAUUUCGAUCUUAAAUCUUGGCACAUUUAUUGUCAGUUCCUCUCCUGUCCCCCAAAACACAAAUCAGUAAUUUUAUGAACAGCUUCUUUCAGCUCUUUGGGCUUAUGAAUUAUACUAAUUUUGAUCUCUAAUUGUGUUCUUGGAAAAAAAAAGAUGUAUUUAUUAGUGAAUUAUCUAGAAGCUUCUGGAAAUACUUCUGUGGCUUUUUGUCCAAAAAUUCCCAAGGUGGCUUUCAAAGAACUUCUGGUAUGUUAUUACCAUGGUAGUGCUUUUUUUUUAAAGUUCCUUGGGGUUUUUGCACUUCAUUUGUUCCAACUAGCACUUAAAUGCCUUGGUUUGAUUACUACUUCCUUGGUUUUAAUCAAGCUCUGUGAUUUUAGUGGGGUGUAUGUUGUGGUCUUUUUGUUUGAUACAAGAUUUCUUUUUUCAGUGAGGUGGCUCUGCUCUUGUAUUCACAUUUUUGAAUUUGGGACCCAGAGGCUCAUUUUUGCACAAUCCAUCCAUGCCUUGGCCUCCAGGAAUUUCUUGCUUGGGAGAGAAAGUGACACUGGCAAUUGGGGCAAUUACCUCUAGAAAGCAGUGGGUGAAAGCAGGUUUUUGGGCAAGUCAUUGACCCUGGUAGGGAAGUAACUAUAAGAAAUCCCUGUGUACAGGGUUGUCUUGCUAAAGCAUCUGCUCUAAAUGAAUGUGUGUGUGACUUGCAGGGUGCAAAUUUAGGGAAUCAUUGCAUUCUUAGACCUGGAUUAGUCCUGCUUCCAGUCAGACAUUGUUUAGGGUGACAGAUGCUGUGUCAGAGUAGUAUUGUCAGUGCAGAGAGACCUGGGGGUUGAUAAUACUGUGUGUUCAGUGAGUGUGGGUGCAAUCUCUUAAAGAAUAAAAGCCAAUUGUUUGGAAGUAGCAGCAUAUCUAAAAUUAGGUAAGUAUUUUUGUGGACUUUCCAACAGUCCUUGAUAGAAUUUGUGUCUUGAGGUUCUUAAUAAAAUUUGAAAAAAUGUUAUUAGAUUGUUUUCGUUACUGACAUCACAAUCCUGCAUACUUAAACAUACUUGUACCUUAAUUUGCUGCCUUUUUUUCAUAUGUUUGUGCAUUUAUCUAUCUGAUGGAUCCAGCAGAAAUGAAAGUAGCAUAUAAGAAGUGUGUCCUCUUAAUACUUACUGACUUCUGAAUUCCAUUUUGAAGGCACUGUUGUCUAAUUAACUUGAGAACAUCUUGCUUUUACAGGGGAGAAAGAAAGAAAAAUAUGCAUAAUUUGUGUAGAGAGAAAGCAGAGCAAACCAUUUCUUUAAAAAGAACAGCAACAAUUGUUACAUUGACUGUGUUUUCUUGCUGCCUUAUGUGUACUUUCUGAUCUGGAAGUUUUCAGGAGCUACUAAAUUACAACACAUGGGAGGAAUAACUGUUUACCUUUUUUCCCCAUGUACAUUUAUGAACCUGGAGAAAUGUUUAUCUAGCUGGAUAAUUAUCUAGAGGUUUUUGUUUUUUUUAGUGAUGAGCAUUUUGUAUAAGGCUUUGGUGUCAGAAAUUUAGAAGUUGCUUAGCCAAAGUGUGUUUAUUGGAACAUUAGCAAGUGGUUAGGGAGGAACAUCCCAGUGCUCUAAAAUCUACUGAAUCCAUCUAAAACAGACUUUAGACUUCGUUCCAAAGUGUUGGUUGAAACAAAGGGGCCUUCUUUUCUGUCAGGUGGAAAGUUUGUUUCCCUGAAGUAUCAUUGUUCCUGUAACAGCUGAUGGGUUGUGCUGUCCAAAUCUUUAGCAUCCAAGCUGGAUUUAAAGUUUCCAGCAGUGAGAGAUAACUAAUGCUAUUAUGUGCCUUCUUAGUGUGCAGUGGAGGUGGGGUGAGGGGACAAUUAGUUUGUUCUUUCUUUCGUGUGGGUGGCUUCCCUUUAGUUUCCAGAGGGACAGUGCUGUACUGAGUGGCUGUGCCAACAAGGGUAAGGCUUCUCCUAUUUGUUUCCUUCAACAAUUUUGGAGUUCCUGCAAGGAAGCAAGCAAUUUGCUAGGGAAAGGCAGUAUUACUAAAUGUAUAAGUUAAUAUAAAUGGUUAAAUAUCUAUUUAAAUUUCCUUUGCCCUCUGCCUAUAUAUCCUCUCUAGAGCCUUUGUAAUACAUCUCUUUAAGUAACAAUCCCAUUUAGACAGAAAUAUGUUCAAACUUCAUAUAAGUUUACGAUAAUAAAAUUGCUUCCUGGUUACGUAUGGCAGGAAAAAGUAUUUGGCUUGCUCUGUUUUCUCUGAUGUACAUCAACAGAAACAACUAGUUAUCUACUAGUAUGAGUCUUUAUUUUCAUGUGUGCAUGGCAUUUUGGCUUUAGUUCAUGGUUUACAAGAUAGUUAAGGCUAAAUAUAGAAAGAUGCAUCAUUUUUACAGAAUACUAUUUGCUGUGUUUAUUGCGCUCUCAAUUCAUUGUAAAGAAGUAGAAAAAUUUCACUUGGUUCAAGUUCAGUAGUCACUCUCCUGUGCCUUCUUUAACCUUCUAGCUGUAUUAGCUGCUUUUGUUAAUCUAAAAUGCUCUUGCUAUUUUAGGAGAUGCCUACGUAACACACAUUGCUAGCAAUUGUACUAAAUACUUUGCUGCUGAACCAGUUACUCAGGUACCCAGCCUGUCUCUGUUGCUAUGGGAGAUUGGAAGACUAUUACUGUGCCGGUGCUGUCACCAGAUAGCAAAAAUACACUUCCAUAUACCUCAGAAAGCAAGAGAUCUCCUACAAGCAUGAGCUCACAAGUGCUACGCUUGUCACUGCCUUCAUCCAAAAACAUGCACAGCUUUUUCGGUGCCUUCUGCACAGAAGAGAAUAUUGAACAGAGUAUAUCCUAUAUUGAUAGGGAAUUGACAACAUUGGGAUUUCCUUCUAUUUAUGCGGAGUCCAGAGGAAAAGAAUUAAAUUUAAUAUCUAUCAUAAAUUGCAUGAAUGGAUUGCUUGUACUGCAGCACAAGAACCUUCGAGCUCAGGAAGAAGUAGAAAUGCAGCAUCUGAAACUGGGAAGUGAUAUGGAUCACUUACAGAACUGCUAUGCUAAGUUAAAGGAACAGUUGGAAUUAUCUAAAAGGGAAGUAGUUGGGCUUCAGGAAAGAGACAGACAACUGCAAAGCAAGAACAGAAAUUUGCACCAGUUACUUAAAAAUGAAAAGGAUGAAGUCCAGAAGUUGCAGAACAUAAUUUCAAGUAGAGCUACACAAUACAAUCAUGAUAUGAAGAGGAAAGAGAGAGAAUAUAACAAAUUAAAGGAACGCUUACAUCAGUUAGUCAUGAAUAAAAAAGACAAAAAGUUAGCUAUGGAAGUUCUAAAUUAUGUUGGUAGAGCUGAUGGGAAGAGAGGUGCAUGGAGGACUGAUAAGACAGAAGCCAGAAACGAAGAAGAAAUGUACAAAGUUCUGUUAAGUGAUUAUGAACAGCGCCAAAAACAGCUUUUACUGGAAAAUGCUGAGCUAAAGAAAGUUCUUCAGCAAAUGAAGAAAGAUAUUAUUUCACUUCUUCCACCACAGAAACAAAAACCUAAAGAAAGAUCUGAAGAUGGGCUGGUGCUGUCAGACCAGGAGGAAGAUAUUGGAGAAUUAAAUAAAGAGAAUAUGUGGGAAUUAUCUUGUGAAACUGUGCGAGAACAGCUUACCAACAGCAUUAGAAAACAGUGGCGAAUAUUGAAAAAUCACGUUGAAAAGCUGGAUAACCAAGUGUCACGUGGACAUUCAGGAGUUUUGAAUGAAAAAGAUGUCAUUUCAAGAGAAGACCAUGAGCUAGAAACUGGAAAGCUAGAGUUAGAGAUUCAACAAUGUAAAGAAAUGAUCAAAACUCAGCAACAGCUUUUACAGCAACAGCUUACAUGUGAUGAUGAUGACACCACUCUGUUACUACAAGACUGCUAUUUGUUGGAAGAAAGAGAGCGUCUUCAGGAAGAAUGGAGACUAUUUCGAGAACAAAAAAAGAAUUUUGAGAAGGAACGAAAAAGUUUUACAGAAGCUGCUAUUAGAUUAGGACUUGAGAGAAAGGCAUUUGAAGAAGAUAGAGGAGCAUGGCUGAAGCACCAGUUCUUAACUAUGACUGCUGAUUGCAAGUCUGAAAAUGUGACAACUCCAAGUGCCUUCUUAAGAAGUUCUGACCCAGACAUUUGUUUAGUGAAGUCUGCAUCUCGGCAAAAAACAACUCCCUCUGUGUUAAGUCCUACUGUUUCACCAGAACCGUGCCAGAUAUCUCAGUAUAUUACACAAAACAGUGUUGCAUCAGAAAAACCUGCUGCACAUAACAUGCCAAAUCUGUGUGUGGAAAGUGAUGACAAAGAAGAAACUGAAGAAUGCACAAAGUCAUGGGAAGACUCUGGAGUUGGCACUCUGCUAUGCAGAAACUUGCUCAUGGAACAGCUGCCUUAGACUUCUAGGGUUGCCUGCUGGGAUUUUUGUUAGAGACUUGUUCAUAAACUUAUCAUUCUAAAUGAAACAGAAUGCUGUGAGUUUGAUCAUUCUUCUAGAGGAUUAUGUGGUGAUCUGAAUUGUGGUGUGUUUCUGUGUGUGCACAUGGCUUUUAUUUUUUAGACCACUUUUUGCCUCUUUCUUGCAACUCUUGAAAGAAAACUUAAAAAUAUAUAAAAGCUUUGAUAUUUUUCUAGUAACAGAAGCUCUAAUUCUGUGAAUAAAGCAAUGGUCUGAAACUUUGACUGUAAUGAAAUACUGGAUCCUAAUGUUACCUUUCAUCACAGGCAGAGAUAGCACUUUUAGAAAUUGUUUAAUUAUUGGAAACGUUCAUUUAUGUCUCAAGUGUAACUGGCAUUAAAUCCUCUUUUGCCUCGACUUGAAUGUACAGUAUACUGUAGAUUUUUAACAAAACAGGUUCUAUAUUUAUUGUGAUUUGAAAAUACCUCUUUGAUAUAUUAAUGAUUUAAAGUGCAAAAUCUUUAUAUAUUUGUAAAUAGAACAAGUGGUUAUGCUGAGAAACCAUGAAAUGAAACAUGCAUACAUAAAUAUUAUUUUACAUGGCAUUUUAAAUUGUUUUAUAGUGAUACUCAGUUUACAGAUCCAUUAGGGCUUUCAAUGGUUCAGUCAGGAACCAAGGUAUUUCAAAUGUGAACAAUAAACGUGUAAUUCUAUUCUAAAAAA